GUUGGUCCUAUGCGCGAUACCGAACACCGAACUCAAUUCGUCUGGAAUCGAUGACAUUCACUCGAGCGCGUUGUAUGCAGCAGCAACAACGCUGCCCGAGCCAUUAGCACAUUUCGUCCAAAUUUGUUUGGAUGAGCAAACUGUGGGUACCAUGUGGAAACAAGGCAAAAUCACUCCACUUUUCAAAACGGAUAAUCGGUCGGAACCCGCAAAAUAUUGCACAGUGGACCUUCUCCCUAUACUCUCAAAGGUGAUAGAGGCAAGCACCGCCGAGGCUUUAGUAGCCCAUCUAAUAUGCACUAACCUCACAGCACCCGAGCAACACGGUUCCCACAAACGCCGUUCAUGCACUACCAACCUACUGAUUUCACGCAGUAGUUGGACUGAAACGGCCGAUGAAGAUAGAGGGACAGACGUCAUUUACCUCGACUUAUCCAAAGACUUCUCUAUUGACUGGACCGCGCAUUCUGCUUUAAAAGCACGCAAGCUAGGAAGUUGGUGAUCCUGUCCUUGGGUGGAUCAGGAAUUUCUUGCAUGAUCGGCAACUGUAGGUCGGACUUCGAAAAGCGCCGUUUAAUCCGAUUCAUGUGGAAUUUGUGGUUCGGAAAAUCGCAGUUCUGGGGUCG